AUGGCAACUCAACGUGCACAUGUAAAAUAUAAAAUUCCGGACGGAUUUGAGUCACUCCUAGAAGGUCUGACGAAGGAGAUAUUGAGAUCCCAGCCAGAAAAUAUAUACACGUUCGCAGCCGACUAUUUUGAUUCACUUAUCAACAUCAGAGAGACAACCAAUACCCGAAAAAUCGAAACAUUGGUGACGUCAUUCACGAGCAGCAAAGCAAAGCCCCUUCGGACUGCGGCUAUCAGUAGUUAUCAAAACGAGGCAACCAAUCACAGCAAGGAUGGAAGCUUAAGGACGCGUAAAGACGAUGACGGGAAAAACAUGGCUGCUGUGAAGAUACAAUCUCAAUAUAGAGGAUAUAGAACGAGAAAAAGAGCCAAAGCCGCCACUAAAAUACAAGCUAAUUACCGUGGACAUCGAGCGAGGAAAUACCGAGAUGGGGAUCACAAAGAUGGCGUCAAAAGAGAGUCACAAAAAGGUCACCAUGGUAUUAGAUCGGAAAGAUAUUCAGUUGAACUCAGUAGUUUGUCUAGCGAAGGUUCAUUGGUUGAGUAUGGAGAUCUGGAAGCUGUUUCGCUGAAAAAGAAGCCAGAACACGAAACGCGCCGAAUUCGACAACAAUCGGAACAUUCGUCUAGAAUGUCUACGGACAGUAGAGAUUCCCGCUUCGCUGAUGAGUACAGUUCCCGCUCUGGUGCGACAAGUGUAACAGAUGUUGAAGGCGUAGAAGGAAUGCAUUUGUACUACGACGAAGCAGACGACAACGACGAUAUGCAAAUUAGUUCUGGAAUGGAAUCUGCGCAGACGAGCGAAACGGAUAUGACAUAUGGAGAACCGGAAACUGACUACGAUACUGGCCCGGAUGUUGACUUUGCAGCGAAGACGAUCCAAGCUGGUUAUAGAGGGAUGGUGGCGAGAAAGAAAACGAAACAAAUGAGACGGAGGAUGAAAUCGAAACCUAAGAAUGACGAUGAUGCAGCCGCCAAGAUUCAAGCUGGCUAUAGGGGAAUGAAAACGAGGAAAUUAAAAAGGCGGGAAACGAACGCAGCUAUCACGAUACAAUCCACAUUCAAAGGAUAUCGCACAAGGCAAGAACUACAGAAUAAAAAUAAACAUCCUGUUACAGCGGGAAAAGUUAUUGACAAUACUUCCGACGAGAACAAAGCAGCAGUGAGAAUACAGUCGACGUACCGAGGAUUUAAAACUCGAAAAAAACUCAAUAAAGAAAAAAGUUCAGCCACAACCAUCCAAGCUACAUAUCGCGGUUAUCGAGCUAGGAAGGGUCAAAAUAAAUAG